AUUAAUAAACAAACAUAACAUACAUAACAUAACAUAAAUUGAAAACACGCAAAUUAUAAGCAACAUAUAAAAAUUAUUAAAUUUUAAAUUAACACAAUAAAUUACAAGCAAAAUUUUACUUUUACAUUAAAACGGUUAAGCCCGUCACACACUCACACAUUGUACUUAUUUUAAAAUUUUAAGUUAUUUUAUCUGAAAACUAUGCGGGAAAUCUGUCACAUACAAGCUGGUCAGUGUGGCAAUCAAAUCGGCGCCAAAUUUUGGGAAGUGAUAUCCGACGAGCACGGUAUUGAUUCAACCGGAACGUAUCAAGGAGAUUCCGAUCUACAGUUGGAACGGAUAAAUGUCUACUACACCGAGGCGCUUGGCGGAAAGUACGUACCACGAGCAGUCCUCGUAGAUUUGGAACCCGGUAGCAUGGACAUGGUGAGGUCGGGCCCGUACGGUAAGUUAUUCCGACCGGAUAACUUCAUUUUCGGGCAAUCUGGUGCGGGCAACAAUUGGGCAAAGGGACACUAUGCCGAAGGUGCCGAAUUGAUGGAUUCUGUGUUCGACGUAAUCAGGAAAGAAGUGGAAGCUUGCGAUUGUCUGCAAGGGUUUCAAAUGACCCAUUCGCUGGGUGGUGGUACUGGUGCCGGUAUGGGAACGCUUAUAAUAGCGAAAAUCCGCGAAGAGUUUCCGGACCGCAUGAUUUCCACAUUCAGCAUCGUCCCAUCGCCGAAGGAACAAAUCCGGCCCCGAACAUCAUUGGUACCUAGAAUAGUGUCCGCGUGUCUGCCCUGUCUACCAGUCCGCCUACCCGCCAUCCUGCGUGGUUACAUGCAGCCUGUGUCCGACACCGUCGUAGAACCUUACAACACUACGCUGUCCGUGCACCAGCUGAUGGAGAACACCGACCAGACGUACUGCAUCGACAACGAGGCGCUGUACGACAUUUGCUUCCGAACGCUGAAGCUGACCACGCCCACGUACGGCGAUCUGAACCAUCUGGUGUCGACGGUCAUGUGCGGCGUGACCACGUGCUUCCGGUUUCCCGGACAACUGAACACCGACCUCCGGAAGCUGUCCGUCAACAUGGUGCCGUUCCCGCGGCUCCACUUCUUCAUCACCGGGUUCGCGCCGCUCACGUCCCGCGGCGGCCAGCCGUACAGGGCGCUGUCCGUCGCGCAGCUCGUCCAGCAGAUGUUCGACGCCAAGAACAUGAUGGCCGCGUGCGACCCCCGGAACGGCCGGUACCUGACCGCGGCCAGCAUAUUCCGCGGCCGGACGUCCAUGAAGGAGGUGGACGAGCAGAUGCUCAACGUGCAGACGAAGAACUCCAGUAACUUCGUCGAGUGGAUACCGAACAACACCAAGACGGCCGUGUGCGACAUACCGCCCAGGGGCAUGAAGAUGUCGGGCACGUUCGUCGGCAACACGACCGCCAUCCAGGAGAUGUUCAAACGGGUGUCCGUCCAGUUCACCACCAUGUUCCGGCGCAAGGCGUUCUUACACUGGUACACGGGCGAGGGCAUGGACGAGAUGGAGUUCAUCGAGGCCGAGUCCGACAUGCACGACCUGGUGUCCGAGUACCAGCAGUACCAGGAGGCCACCGUCGACGGUCCGGACGACGAAGAAUAAACGCGACGACGAGGACGACGCGUUGUUGGGUGUAACAGACAAAAUAUAUAAUAUACACGACGUGCUACGAUUUUA